GUGUUAUGUAGUUCCCAAACUAGGGACCGACUGAGGCAUACUAUUACUAAUUUAGCUUUCCGGGGUGUAUAACUGUAAUUUAGUCCCCCAACAACCAGAACAAAACCCGGUUUCCAUGACGAUUUCCAUAACUCUCUCUCUCUCCAAAUGGCCCGCAAAACUUCAUCGUCUUCUCUAUACACUGCUACAUCAUCGCUUUCUGCUGCUUCUACAGCAAAGUUAUCAUCUUUAUUCACAAGCCUACAUACCCACGCAAUUUCUAAUCUUAAAACCUCUCCAAAAAUUUCAAAUGAACAAUUCAUCAAUUUCAAGUCCAAAACUUUACCAAUAAACUCGACCCCUAAUACGCAAAGCGACAACCCACUUGAGCAAUUCUUGGAAAUAAAUUGCAAGUCAGGUGAUUUUACUCUCCAUGAAGCACUGCACUUCUUUAAUCAAAUGAUCCAUAUGCAAACCACUCCUGCAUUGUCAAGAUUCAAUAAUUUGUUUGGUGCACUGGCUAAGAAAAAGCAAUACUUGCAUGUUAUUUCUAUGUGUGGAAGAAUGAACUCAAUUGGGUUGUUGAAAAAUUUUAUUUCGUUGAACAUUUUGCUUAAUUGCUUGUGCAGUGUGAAAAGAGUUUUUGAAGGUUUUGUGGUUUUUGGGAUGAUUUUGAGAAAGGGUUAUAGGCCAAAUACUCGUACUUUUACUAAUUUAGUUAAGGGAUUGUGCUUGGAGGGUAAAAUUGGGGAGGCAGUUAGGGUUUUCAAGAUAAUGGGUGUAUUUGAUUGUAGGCCUAGUGCGAUUACAUGUGGAGUUUUGAUUAGUGGGUUGUGUAGAACAGGGAAUACAUGUAAUGCUCUUAAGUUGCAUGAAGCGAUGAUUAAUGGGAAUAGUGACUUUGGCAUCAAUUGUAAACCUACUGUAGUUUCUUAUAGCUGCAUUAUUGAUUCUCUUUGUAAGGAUGGCUUGGUAGAAAGGGCGAAAGAGUUUUUUGUGGAAAUGAAGGAGAAGGGGAUUUUUCCAAAUGUGGUUACGUAUACCUCUCUGUUACAUGGUCUAUGUUCCGCCAGUGAGUGGGAGGAAGCCAAACGUUUGUUUAUUGAGAUGGUUGAUCACGGUUUGCUGCCUGAUGUAGUAACAUUUAGUGUGCUCAUUGGUGCACUUUGCAAAGUGGGAAAGGUAAAAGAGGCAAGUGGAUUGUUUGAUCUGAUGGUUCAGAGAUAUGUAGAACCUUCAACUCGUACUUAUAACAUUUUGAUAGAGGGAUAUUGUUUGGCAGGUAUGGUUGAUGAGGGGAAGAAAAUUUUUCUGUCUAUGGUGAAUAAGAGGUGUCAACAUGAUGCUGGCAGCUAUAGUAUAUUGAUGAAGGCAUACUGCAAGGAUUCGGAGGUACAUGGAGCUAUGAUAUUGUACAGGGAAAUGAUGGACAGAGGCAUUCAACCAACUGUUAUCACAUAUAGUACUUUAUUGAAUGGUCUUUUCUUGGCAGGUAAGGUUGGAGAUGCAAGGAAGCUAUUUGGGGAGAUUCAAUUUCAGGACAUGGUGUUAGAUUCAAUUUCAUAUAGUAUAUAUAAUGUUUAUUUGGAUGGGCUUUGCAAGAAUGGUUGUGUUUCAGAGGCAUUGGAUGUGUUUUAUGGUUUAGAAAACUGCAAGUUUGCAUCAAAUGUUGCAAUCUUUAACUCCCUCAUCAAUGGCAUGUGUAGAUCAGAGAAGCUUGAAAUUGCUUGGGAGCUUUUCAAUAGAUUGUGUAAUGAAGCUUUGCAGCCAGAUGUUGUAACAUAUACUAUCAUGAUCUAUGGACUUUGUAAAGUAGGGCAACCGCAAAAGGCAUAUGAUCUAUUUUUGGAAAUGGAGGAGAAAGGCUGUGCUCCAAACGUGGUCACAUUUAAUACACUCAUGCGUGGACUCUGUCUUAAUAGUGAGAGACCAAAAAUAGUGGAACUUCUUCAUAAAAUGGCAGCAAGAAAGUUAUCUCCGGACGCAUCCACUUUAUUGAUAGUAAUGGACAUACUCUUGAAGGAUGAAAAUUACCAUGAAUGUUUGAAUUUGCUUCCUACAUUUCCUGUUCAAGAGGCAAUGUAAAUGUGAUGUGAUGAAUGUCAGUUGUUAGCAUCGUCUUCUCUA